GUUUUAUAAUUUCAGCUCUUACAUUUUGGUCUUUGAUCUGUUUUGAGUUAAUUUAUGUGUGUGAGGUGAAGUAGGGGUCCAAGUUUAUUCUUUAGCAUCGCUGGGCAUCCAGUUAUUUCAGUACCAUUUGUUGAAAAGACUAUUCUUUCCGUAUUGGAUUGUCUUUGUACCUUGUCAAAAAUCAACUGCAUAUCUUUUGUUUUUGUUUUUUGUUUGUUGGGAAACUGACAUGAUGAAGACAGUAUUUUUGAAGAUUUAUUUGGUUGAGGUGUGCAAGUUGAAAUAAGGACCAAGAAAGAUUAGGAGAGUAGGAAUGGCAUCACAGAACUACAUGUAAAGUGUAUAAUUCAUUAAGCACUUGAGAUUUAGUGAGGUGUGCUAUUUAUAAAAUAUGGUCUAUUGAAUGAAUGAACUUUGACCAUUCCACAUUUUGUAUAUGCCUAGAAAACAGAAGAACUACGCAAAGGAGAUUUUUCCUGCUUCUGUUAUUAAGAAUUCCCAGAGGACCUGUGCAGCAGCCUCUUGAGGAUCGAAUCUUCACUCCUACUGUGUCGGCAGUGUACAGCACGGUAACACAAGUAGCAAGACAGCCGGGACCCCCGACCCCUUCCCCUUAUUCAGCACAUGAAAUAAACAAGGGGCAUCCAAAUCUUGCGGCAACGCCCCCGGGACAUGCAUCGUCCCCUGGACUCUCUCAAACCCCUUAUCCCUCUGGACAGAAUGCAGGUCCAACCACGUUGGUAUACCCUCAAGCCCCUCAGACAAUGAAUUCACAACCUCAAACCCGUUCUCCGCCCAGCAGAACAGUGCCAAUACAUUGCACAGACAACUGGAAGAGGAGGAAGGUUUUGGAACAGACUCCCGUUUACAGGUCCUUGGCUGGAAGAGGCUGGAUAAAAUACUGCAUUUUUGCAGCGGGGCCUCGACCUGCCCAUCAUCAGGGAGGAUUCAGACCCAUCCAGUUUUUCCAGAGGCCUCAGAUACAGCCUCCUAGAGCUACCAUCCCGAACAGCAGUCCUUCCAUCCGUCCUGGUGCACAGACACCCACUGCAGUGUAUCAGGCCAAUCAGCACAUCAUGAUGGUUAACCAUCUGCCCAUGCCAUACCCAGUGCCCCAGGGUCCUCAGUACUGCAUACCACAGUACCGUCAUAGUGGCCCUCCUUAUGUUGGACCCCCACAACAGUAUCCGGUUCAACCACCGGGGCCAGGUCCUUUUUACCCUGGACCAGGACCUGGGGAUUUCCCCAAUGCUUAUGGAACGCCUUUUUACCCAAGUCAGCCAGUGUAUCAGUCAGCACCUAUUAUAGUGCCUACGCAGCAGCAGCCCCCUCCAGCCAAGAGAGAGAAAAAAACAAUAAGAAUUCGGGAUCCAAACCAGGGAGGUAAAGACAUAACAGAGGAGAUUAUGUCUGGAGGUGGCAGCAGAAAUCCUACUCCACCCAUAGGGAGACCCACAUCCACACCUACUCCUCCUCAGGAGGCACAGAGAAUGACUAGAAGAGUCUGGGAAGGCUUCACAGCAGAGUUGCCAUUUGAUCUGAGUUCCCAGACUGGUAUUCACAAAAUCGAAAGAGAGAGAAAGCAGCUGCCCAGCCAGGUCCCCGAGCACAGCCCUGUCGUUUAUGGGACUGUGGAGAGCGCUCAUCUUGCUGCCAGCACCCCUGUCACUGCAGCUAGCGACCAGAAGCAAGAAGAGAAGCCAAAACCAGAUCCAGUGUUAAAGUCUCCUUCCCCAGUGCUUAGGCUAGUUCUUAGUGGAGAGAAGAAAGAACAAGCAGGCCAGACAUCUGAAACUACUGCAGUGGAAUCCAUACCAGAGCUUCCUCUGCCUCCAUCACCUACCACUGUUUCUCCACUUGCUCGAAGUACAAUUGCUUCCCCAACCUCUGCUGCUCUUAGUAGUCAGCCAAUACUCACCACUGCUAUAGAUGAUAGAUGUGAACUCUCUUCCUCAAAAGAAGACACAAUUCCUGUACCCAGCCCCGCAUCUUGCACAGAAACAUCAGAUCCUUCACCAACAGACAUAAUUGAUGAUGAUAUAUGCAAGAAAUCUUGUAGUGUAGCACCUAAUGAUAGUCCACUGAUUGUUAGUACUAACCUAAUUAAUGAAAUGAAUGGAGUUAGUGAGAAACUACCAGCCACGGAGAGCAUUGUGGAAAUAGUAAAACAGGAGGUAUUACCAUUGACUCUUGAACUGGAGAUUCUGCAAAGUCCCCCAGAAGAAAUGAAAGUGGAGUGUGUCCCAGCUCCCAUCACCCGUUCCACAGUUCCUUCCUUUUCUCCAUCUCCUCCAACUCCUCCAGUUUCUCCUCCUCUCACGCCAGUCAUUAUUGCUGCUGCCACCACUAAUGUUAAUACUGCUAGUGCUCCCACCGCAGUCCAGAGAGUCUUAGAAGAGGACGAGAACAUAAGAACUUGCCUUAGUGAAGAUGCACCAGAGAUUCAGAAUAAAAUAGAGGUAGAAGCAGAUGAACAAAUGGAAGAGAUUGUGGAUUCUCAAAACUUAAGUUCAAGAAAGAGCCCUGUCCCAGCUCAGACAGCUAUAACUGCACCAAAGAUGUGGAAGAAACCAAAAGAUCGGACGCGAACCACUGAAGAGGUGUUAGAAGCAGAAUCGGAGCCUAAAGCUGAAGAGGAGCUUUCAGGUGACAAAGUACUUGACUCUGAACAGGAUAAAAUGAGCCAAGGGUUUCAUCCUGAAAGAGAUCCCUCUGACCUGAAAAAAGUAAAAGCCUUGGAAGAGAAUGGAGAAGAAGCUGAGCCUGUACGUAAUGGUGCCGAGAGUGUUUCUGAGGGUGAAGGAAUAGAUGCUAAUUCAGGCUCCACUGAUAGUUCUGGUGAUGGGGUCCCGUUCCCAUUUAAACCAGAAUCCUGGAAGCCUGCUGAUACUGAAGGCAAGAAGCAGUAUGACAGGGAGUUUUUGCUGGAUUUCCAGUUCAUGCCAGCCUGUAUACAGAAACCAGAGGGCCUGCCUCCCAUCAGUGAUGUGGUUCUUGACAAGAUCAACCAACCCAAAUUGCCAAUGCGAACUCUGGAUCCUCGGAUUUUGCCUCGAGGACCAGAUUUUACGCCAGCCUUUGCAGAUUUUGGAAGGCAAACCCCUGGUGGAAGAGGUGUACCUAUUUGCAAAGUGCAGAGCAGGCAUGGCUUGCCAGUGCUGGAACAGAGUAAAGCCCCAACUUGCCCUCCAGUGGCGAUGUCGCACCUACCCCUGAAGAGCCUGCCUCCAGGGUUGUUGAAUGUUGGACCACGGAGAUCUCAACCCAGCCAGAGAAGAGAGCCCAGGAAGAUCAUCACAGUCCCUGUAAAAGAAGACGUGCACCUGAAAAAGGCAGAGAAUGCCUGGAAGCCCAGCCAGAAACGAGACAUCCAAGCUGAGGAUCCCGAAAACAUUAAAACCCAGGAACUUUUUAGAAAAGUUCGAAGUAUCUUAAAUAAAUUGACACCACAGAUGUUCAACCAACUGAUGAAGCAAGUGUCAGGACUCACUGUUGACACAGAGGAGCGGCUGAAAGGAGUCAUUGACCUGGUCUUUGAGAAGGCUAUUGAUGAACCCAGUUUCUCUGUGGCUUACGCAAACAUGUGUCGAUGUCUAGUAACGCUGAAAGUACCCAUGGCAGACAAGCCUGGUAACACAGUGAAUUUCCGGAAGCUGCUACUGAACCGUUGCCAGAAGGAGUUUGAAAAAGAUAAAGCAGAUGAUGAUGUCUUUGAGAAGAAGCAGAAAGAACUCGAGGCUGCCAGUGCUCCAGAGGAGAGGACAAGGCUCCAUGAUGAACUAGAGGAAGCUAAGGACAGAGCCCGGCGGAGGUCCAUUGGUAACAUCAAGUUUAUUGGAGAGCUGUUUAAACUCAAGAUGCUGACUGAGGCCAUCAUGCACGACUGUGUGGUGAAGCUGCUCAAGAACCAUGAUGAAGAGUCCCUAGAGUGUCUGUGUCGCCUACUCACCACCAUUGGCAAAGACCUGGACUUUGAGAAGGCAAAGCCCCGUAUGGACCAGUAUUUUAAUCAGAUGGAGAAAAUUGUGAAAGAGAGAAAAACUUCAUCUAGGAUUCGAUUCAUGCUUCAGGAUGUGAUAGACCUAAGGCUGUGUAAUUGGGUAUCUCGAAGAGCAGAUCAAGGGCCUAAAACUAUUGAACAGAUUCACAAAGAGGCUAAAAUAGAAGAACAAGAAGAGCAAAGGAAGGUCCAGCAGCUCAUGACCAAGGAGAAGAGGAGGCCAGGCGUCCAGAGAGUGGAUGAAGGUGGGUGGAACACUGUACAAGGGGCCAAGAAUAGUCGGGUACUGGACCCCUCAAAAUUCCUGAAGAUCACUAAGCCCACAAUUGAUGAGAAAAUUCAGCUGGUACCGAAAGCGCAGCUGGGCAGCUGGGGCAAAGGCAGCAGUGGUGGAGCAAAGGCCAGCGAGACUGAUGCAUUACGGUCAAGUGCUUCCAGUUUAAACAGAUUCUCUGCUUUACAACCUCCAGCACCCUCAGGGUCUGCAUCAUCCACGCCUUUAGAGUUCGAUUCCCGACGGACCUUAACCAGUCGUGGAAGCAUGGGCAGGGAGAAGAAUGACAAGCCCCUUCCGUCUGCAACAACUCGUCCAAACACUUUCAUGAGGGGCAGCAGUAGUAAAGACCUGUUAGACAAUCAGUCUCAGGAAGAGCAACGGAGAGAGAUGCUAGAGACUGUGAAACAGCUCACAGGAGGCAUGGAUGUGGAAAGGAGCAGCACUGAGGCUGACCGAAGCAAAACCAGGGAGUCAGUAGCAAAAUCAGAAAUUCCAGCAACAUCAGCCUCUGACAAGCCUACAUUGUCAGAAGAGGAGAUGGAGAGGAAGUCCAAAUCUAUCAUUGAUGAAUUUCUACACAUUAAUGAUUUUAAGGAAGCCAUGCAGUGUGUGGAAGAGCUGAAUGCCCAGGGCCUGCUACAUGUGUUUGUGAGAAUGGGAGUGGAAUCCACCCUGGAAAGGAGCCAGAUCACCAGGGAUCACAUGGGCCAAUUACUGUAUCAGCUGGUGCAGUCAGAAAAACUCAGCAAACAGGACUUUUUCAAAGGUUUUUCAGAAACAUUGGAAUUGGCAGAUGACAUGGCCAUUGAUAUUCCCCAUAUUUGGUUGUACCUUGCUGAACUGGUGACCCCCAUGUUAAAAGAAGGUGGAAUAUCCAUGAGAGAACUUAUCAUAGAAUUUAGCAAACCUUUACUUCCUGUUGGAAGAGCUGGUAUCUUGCUUUCUGAAAUAUUGCACCUUCUGUGCAAACAAAUGAGCCAUAAGAAAGUGGGAGCCGUAUGGAGGGAGGCUGACCUCAGCUGGAAGGACUUUUUACCAGAAGGGGAAGAUGUACAUAGUUUUCUCUUGGAGCAGAAGUUGGACUUUAUAGAGUCUGAUAGUUCCUGUUCCUCCGAAGCACUUUCAAAGAAAGAACUCUCUGCUGAAGAGCUAUAUAAGCGACUUGAGAAACUCAUUAUUGAGGACAAAGCGAAUGAUGAACAAAUCUUUGACUGGGUAGAGGCUAAUCUAGAUGAAAGCCAGAUGAGUUCACCUACAUUCCUUAGAGCUUUAAUGACAGCCGUUUGUAAAGCAGCUAUUAUAGCUGACUGUUCUGCCUUUCGAGUGGACACUGCGGUUAUCAAGCAGAGAGUGCCCAUCUUACUCAAGUACCUAGACUCAGAUACAGAGAAGGAACUGCAAGCACUUUAUGCACUACAAGCAUCAAUAGUAAAACUUGAUCAACCUGCCAAUUUGCUCCGGAUGUUUUUUGAUUGCCUGUAUGACGAGGAAGUGAUCUCCGAGGAUGCCUUCUACAAAUGGGAAAGCAGCAAGGACCCCGCAGAGCAGAAUGGGAAGGGUGUGGCCCUGAAAUCUGUCACAGCAUUCUUCACCUGGCUGCGGGAAGCUGAAGAGGAGUCUGAGGAUAACUAAAACUUCAAAUACACAAAACGAAACAAAAGAAACAAUUUAAGUAUUUUUUUAAAAAGUUUCACGUCUUCGCCAAUCACAGUGCAGCAAGGCCAAUUCUCGCAGAAACCCCCACGUGUGCACGAGUGGGAGAGGGGAAAGAGAAAAAAAGGUGAUCAUGGAGGAAAAAGGUACUGGAAAAAAGUAAACUUCAAACCUGAGGGCGGGAGCACUAAAACCAAAAUACAUGUAUUAUUUAUAGAAAAUAUUUUCUGUUUUAAUCUUUUCUUUUUAAACGAGGACUCAUACUUUAAAGAAAAAAACAUCUGUUUAGAAAAAAAGUUGAGAACUUUUAAUUUAUUUUAAGGACUGCAAAUGCCAGUGUAAUUUUUUAAUUUGCAGUUUCUGUAAACAACUUGUAUAAUAGAAAAGCAGAGAAAUAAAUUUCCCUCCCCUUCAGAUGCACCUCACGUUUGUUUUAAAGCAUAGUAGUUAGUCCAGAUUUAAGAAGGUUAGGGGUGAACAAGGUAAGAAAGAUUUUUUUUUUUUGGCAUCAAAUCUUUCUGCCUGCCUCUCAGCUUGCUUCAGAAAAUAAAAAAAUCACAAUAGUAAUCAAAACAUACAUAACCUUGGAACAGAAGGAAAUGCUGUGGACCAGAGAACUCCAAGAAUUGUUUAAAAAAAAAGUGCUACCCUGGGAAAAGUACUCUUAAUACUUUUGAAAUCUUUAGAGCAACUUUAAGGCUUGUAAAUACAUAGAACAAAUAUUUAAAAAAACAAAAAGAAAUU